UACCGGGGCCGUGAGAGGAGGAGGAGGAGGAGGAAGAGGAAGGUCCAGCCAGCUGAGCUGGCUGAGGCGGCGUGUUCGCGCCCGCUGUGGGGGCUGCCCAGCUGGGUGCCUCUUGCCGUGCGUGCGGGGCUCUCGCGUCGCCCCCGCGGCCGGGGAGCGGAGCCGGGCUGGGGAUCCGCGGGGCCCGUGCCGUGAGUAGCUUUUAGGUUGAUGAAACCUGAAGCUGGGUGUCAACAGAUCUCUUGCUGGAGAAGUAAAUGUCUGGACUGACAUCUCUCAGGCACAGUCAGGUCUCUCAAGGGCCCUUACAGAAAUGACCACCCCAAACAAGACCCCACCUGGUGCUGAUCCAAAGCAGUUAGAGAGGACUGGUACUGUUAGAGAAAUAGGCUCACAAGCAGUUUGGUCUCUUUCAUCCUGUAAGCCAGGGUUUGGAGUGGACCAGUUACGAGAUGAUAAUCUAGAAACUUACUGGCAGUCAGAUGGAUCACAGCCUCAUUUGGUGAACAUCCAAUUUAGAAGAAAAACAACAGUGAAGACCUUAUGUAUUUAUGCAGACUACAAAUCUGAUGAAAGUUACACUCCAAGCAAGAUCUCUGUCAGAGUAGGAAAUAAUUUUCAUAAUCUCCAGGAAAUCCGGCAACUGGAAUUAGUGGAACCCAGUGGAUGGAUCCAUGUUCCUCUAACAGAUACCCACAAGAAGCCCAUUCGCACCUUUAUGAUCCAGAUUGCUGUUCUAGCAAAUCACCAAAAUGGAAGAGACACUCACAUGAGGCAAAUCAAAGUGUACACCCCUGUGGAGGAGAGCUCCAUUGGUAAAUUCCCCAGAUGUACAACAAUUGAUUUCAUGAUGUAUCGCUCCAUCAGAUAAAAUUUCCUCAUGAGGAAAAAUAAAGGUAUUUUUUCGUGACCAUAUCAUUGCUAAAGUAUUCAGAUACUUAAAGAGCAGGGUUUACUUCAGUGUAAUUAUAUCUUUAUGUUUAUACUUUGUACAAUUUUGAAAUAAAGAUAAUCUUGUGUUACAGUA